GUUUUCAACAGUCGUGAAGGUUACCCUGGCACGCUCCGCGGCGUGCUGGGCAGGGAGGACAGCAGCUUCUACUACUCCCAGAACAUGCUGGGGGUUUCGGCCUCUGCGCGCUGGCUCCUAAGCGGCUACAGGCUGAUGCAAGAGGCUGGGCUGGGGCAUGCCUUGGAUAGUCAGGUGCCUCUUGAACAGCUGCGAACAAUGUUCCAGGCCUACGUCCGGAUGCCCCUGCUGGUCACACCCAGCGAGCGGCAUCCCGUGCAUGGCUUUGCCAUCACUCUCUUGCCCAGCGAAGCCAGCACCAAUAAG